CUCACGCUGUAUCCACUCCAGUUUGUAUUAUAUAUCCAUGAUGGCGCUGGCCAGGAUUGGUAAAUUAUGUCGGUCGUUGGUACAUGAACCUUCGAAAGGACUGUUUGUUGGAGUUUUACAGCCAGGGUGGAUUGAAUGCUGCACAGGAGCUAAGAGGCAUCUGUUAUCACAAGAUGUUAUCAAAUUACAAGAAUUCCAGAAAAAUAAGCUGGCUGUGGCUCACCUUCUCACUGGAGCUAAAGGAAAUUAUAUUGAGCUGUUCAGUCAGAAGCUACAGAGGAAUGACCUGAUUCUGAGAGAUGAGCUGAAGCGUCUCCUUCACAUGUGCCAAUCCGCAGACGACAUGGUGAUCGCCAGAGAUGCCAUCUCUAGGUAUCAUGCAGAUAACCGGAACUUAAUGUUUGGAGACUUCAGGUUUGGUCCUCUCUUUGUGAGACUGUGCUAUGAGCUGGGUAUGGAGGACUUGGCUGCUGCUACAAUUAUGGAUAAGAGUAUGAGUGGAUUUUUCAGCGAAGCAACGUCUUUCAACAUCACCUUAGACAUGUUAUUCACUAAAGGCUAUUAUGAAAAUUGCCUAGAGGUACUAACAACCAUGAGGAAACAACCUGUACCAUUCAACAUAAACACAUUGACGCUGGCAUCUGCCACAUUCUAUAAACUGAACACGGAAGAGUCCUACAGGAUGUGCACUGCUAUGCUCGAGAACGGACUGACUGAAGGGAUGACCAUCCCCAGGCAUGCUCUCUGCUUUGCUGUAGCGUUAGCACUUCGACAGAACGACAUAGAAAAGGCACAGUCGUUGUUCUCAAAAAUAAUGAUUCCUGACAGCCUAAUAUGUCGAAAUUUAAAGGUUAUGAUACUAGCAAUGUCAGGAGAAGUGACAGACGUCAUAUCCUUGCUGUCUGCAGCCUUGACGGCAAAAAGCUUUUCUUUUGUCAAGAAGCCUGAAUUUUCGCAGGAGGUGGUGGAUUUGCUGCGCCUGCGGAUUGAAGGCGGUACACACAUGCUGAAGGUGGAGCAGAUAGUGAAAGAUCUGGAGCAGGCUGAUCAGGUGACCCAGCAGACCGUCGAUGGCAUGCUCUGCCACACGCCAACAGGGAAGAGGAGGCCGUCGCUGCUGAUGGAACAGAGGAGGCACAGCCGAAGUACUCAGAGCCCACGAGUGGCCACUCUGCUGUCGGAGUGAGAGAAGCCUGCUUUCACUAAAGGCUGAAUGCAAUCAGUCCAAAAACACUAACUCUGGCUAGAGCAGACUUUGUUGAAGUAACUGAUCUACCACUCCUAAAACAGACAGUCAUCUAUCUGCAGAGCUGGAUUUUGUCCCAUUUUUUUUUGUCUAUCCAAUUUGAAGAAGUUCAGUUGAAAAACAGUUCAUAUUUGUGGAGCAGGCAUUGAAAUACAAAGCUGCUAAAAGACAAUGUUGGAUGCAAAAUCUUCAUGGUUAUGAAGCAUUUCCUUGAAAGGAAAUGGAUAAUGAAUGAUUUGGGAAGAAUGUGUUGUAUAUAAAAGUGUGAAUGAGUGAUUAAAGAUACAUUUAAUAAUGGAAAAA